AUGCGCAUUUUUCAGGGCAUGAAAGUCCACGUUGCAUGGGCAUGGCUGAUUUUUCAACUUAUUCUAUUUUCUGGUUCAGCUGACAGUGCAGAAGUUUGCCUUCCAUCAGGUGACAGCAUACAAGGGUUUAGAGCUAGGGAAUACUCAUACAAGCUAGGUGAUCUAACUGCCGCAAAUGAUAAAUCCUACUUAAUGUAUGAAUAUCAAACCGAAGCGACCCUAAUUAACGAGUGGUAUGGGAUCACCGAGCCAAAUUUCAAAAUGGGAGCAGCUGGAGGAUUACAGUAUGGAACUUUAUACGGACACACUAUAACCAUCACCAAUUUUACCCUAGAACUUGCCGGUUACUACAAGGCACCUCAAACAGGAACUUUCACUUUCUCACUCACUAGCACUGAUGAUGGUGCAAUGCUGAUGUUUGAUAAUAACGGUGCCUUUAUAUGCUGCUCAUCUGACCAAAAUAGUCAGAAUACAUCUGACAUUGCCAUUUAUCAGUUUUAUCAGCAGAGCGUGGUCAGUAAAAGCUUUCAGUUAGUUGAGGGUCAAUAUUAUCCUCUCAGGAUAACUUACGCCAACGCAUUAGAAGUAGCGAGGCUUCAAUUAUCAGCCACUCUUCCAGAUGGAACGGUAAAGACUACAUUCGAAGACGUAUACUUUUUCGCAGACAGUGAAAGCGAGUCUAGUGCAUGUAGUGCAGACCUAGUAACACAAUACUAUACCGGAACAACUAUUUCUACUUCAACUGGCUUGGGUCCGAACACUACUGUUUACGUGAAUUUUCCGUACCCAUCGGUUCUCAGUACAUAUACAGGAUCAAAUCAAAGUACUUCCUAUUUGACUAACUCUCUGGGGUCAACGACAGCUGAAGAGAUUUUAGUUCCGUCUCAGGCAACGCCUACUACCACCAUCCCAUGGACGGGUAGUACUAGGACAACCAGUUAUAUUACCAAUAAAUCUUCUUCGACCACCCAAGCCGUUGUAUACGCUCCUAUUGUUACCACAACUACUGCUUGGACAGGAUCGAAAACGAGCACUUCAUACGGAAAAAACAGCGUAGGGCAAACUACAGAGGUAUAUAUUUUAACUCCUCUCCCUUCUACAGGUUCGGCAACAGUUCCCUGGACCGGGACUUAUAAUCUAUACACACGUCUGACCGAUUCUCAAGGCUAUACUACCGAAGUUAUUUUAUUGACGCCUGUCACAAGAAUUACCAGUUCAUGGUCAGGAUCCGUAACUACCACGUCUGUGAUCACAGAUUCAAAUGGGAGUCCUAGUAUCGUCGAAGUUCUUACACCUCUCUUGUAUACCACAAGUUAUCUUGGAGGUGUCAAUAACUUAACCACAACGUAUUCUACUGGUUUUACAACGUUUACUGGGUCCGAUGGUAUUAUAUCCACCGAAACAAUAUAUUAUGUUGAAACACCAAUUAUGGCGACAACUGUUUACACGACUUGGACCGGCACAUUCACUUCGACGUACUCGACUGGUGUGACCACAUCCACGGGAUCUGACGGUAUUGAGACCACCGAGACACUCUACUUUGUUGAGACUCCAGCGAAAGGGUUAAACACAACUGUUUACUCUGGAGGAACCGGCACACUCACAUCGACCUACUCGACUGGUGUGACCACAUUCACCGGGUCUGAUGGUGUUGAGACUACCGAAACCCUUUUUUACGUUGAAACUCCUGCCUCCGGAUCUGACGUCUACACGCCUUGGACGGGUACAUUUACUUCGACGUACUCGACUGGUGUGACUACGUCCACGGGCUCUGACGGUAUUGAGACCAUCGAGACACUCUACUUUGUUGAAACUCCAGCGAAAGGGUUAAACACAACUGUUUACUCUGGAGGAACCGGCACACUCACAUCGACCUACUCGACUGGUGUGACCACAUUCACCGGGUCUGAUGGUGUCGAGACUACCGAAACCCUUUUUUACGUUGAAACUCCUGCCUCCGGAUCUGACGUCUACACGCCUUGGACGGGUACAUUCACAUCGACGUACUCGACUGGUAUGAUCACGUUCACUGGGCCGGAUGGUGUAUCAACCACAGAGACAGUCUUCUAUGUCGAAACUCCAACAUCAGCCUUCUAUAGUAACACAACGACGAAGAACCCUGUCUCAUCCUCUCUAGAGAGCAGCACAUUUUUCGUCACUACCGAAGCUUCAUCAUGGCCAACCUCCAAUACCGUUCCUGCUUCAUCUUUUGGAAUGAAUAAUGAUGUAUCAACAACUACGUUAACAGGUGAAGUAACGUCAUACACUACAACAUGUCCCGAGAGCUCGACCUCACAAAUAGAUAAGCCAGAUUCACCAAUUAUUUCGUCAAUCACCUCAUCCUUGCCCUUCCAAGGCACCGAGAGUGUUGUUACUACAACGGUAUCUGGUGUUGUAACUUCCUUCACAACAACUUGCCCUGAAAGUGAUACUGAGAAACCAACUUCUCUCCAAACUUCUAAUACAAUCUUUAGUGAUACUGAUUCAGGGGUAGCGACUACAUCUAAGUCUGGUAAUACCAACACUAAAGAGUUGACCACCAGUAGUGCGACUACAUCUCCAAACUCAGACAAUCCACAGGUAACAUCCACCACAUAUUCUGAGAAAGUUGAAUCGACUGCUAUAUCGCAAAGUGGAGCGUCUAAGAACGUAGUGUCCACAUCUACUUCCUCUCACGAAGCUUCCUCUGAAGCUUAUGGUAAUGGAAAUGAAGUACCAACUCAAACUUCCUCUCAAGAAGCUGGAAGCUCAGGAACCGCAAUUGAAUCUAGUACUUAUUCUACGUCCAGCCCAAAUUUGAACGUUGGUACAUUGGUGUCCCAGUUUACUGUUUCUCAACAAACUAGCCUGGCCAAUAUUGUAACAGGUGCAAGUCAUUCACUAGCUUCAAUUUCAACUUACGAGGGCCUGGCAAACAAGGUUAGAACUGGGCUGCUUUUGCUCCUACCUCUUGCUCUUUUGUAA